AUGGCUCAGACACACAAGAACGUCACCCUCGUUGGUGCCAGCGGCAACAUCUGCAAGAUCAUCUUGGAUAGCCUCAUUACCUCCUCCGAGUUCAACAUUACCAUCCUGUCUCGUAAGGAGAGCGAGGCGACUUUUCCAGCCGGGUUUUCUACCAGCAGCCAGGACGAAGCCGUGCUCCAGCUUCUGCCCCUCUUUGGUCAGAAGAAGGAGCUCAUUGAGUACUUGAAGUCCCAGCAAUCCGACAUCUUCUCGUGGACCGGUGUGGCAACUGGCUUGCUGUUCGACUGGGCCGUCGCCUCGGUGCUGCAACACUCGCAAGGCACCAGCAGCAAGUUCCUGCAUGUUGCCUCUGUCGAAACCAUCCAAAAUGAGAUCCUCGCUGUAUUGGAGAAGGAAACGGGUGCUAAGUGGACUGUGCACUCGACAACGACGGAGGAGCAAGUGGGUGAGGCGGUCAAAAAGCUUGGUGCGGGUAACUUCAGUGGUGCCUUUGCCCUGGUUCGCGCCACUGGCUUUGGGAACACUCCAGGACUGCGUGCCAAAUACGCUAAGGACACGACUCUGGCAAACGACCUAUUGGGACUGAAGCUGGAAACCAUUCAGGACACUGUUAAGCGUGUUGUUGCCAAGUAA